AUGGCUCCCUCCACCACCACUCAACCCCCACAGGAAGACCCCUUCGACUCCCUCCUCACCCUAGAAGACACUCUUUACACGACCGCCUACUCCCUUGGUGCCUCCGACGGCGCCCAUGCCGGCCGCAUAGAAGGCCGCAUCUUCGGUCUCGAAAAAGGAUUCGAAAAGUUCACCGAAUUAGGGAGCCUGCACGGCCGGAGCAUAGUAUGGGGAUCACGAUUACCAAAUUUGCGACAAACAACACCACAAGCAGCACCGAUUGCGCAGAGCACUACGGACCAAGACACCACUGCGAAGCCGUGUCAGUUGCCGGAGUUGCCAGUGAAUUCGAGACUGAGGAAUAAUGUCAUGUUACUGCAUAGUCUUACGGAUCCGCCUACGUUCGACACGGCGAAUAAUGAGGAAGCUGUCGCGGACUUUGAUGAUAGGGUUAAGCGUGCCGGGGCGAAGGCAAAGGUUGUGGAACGUAUUGUGGGCGAGACGGCAGUUGGGGGCAAGUCUUCGGCUGCUUCGCCAGUGAGGAUGGGCAAGGAUGGGCCUGUGAGAGUGACUGGGGAGGGUGGGAGGAGGGUGAAGAAGGGGGAUGAUAGUAUGGAGGAUUUUGCUGGGUCGAGAUUGGCGCGAUGA